AUGUCCCGUCCUAUUGUUUUAUCCGGCCCCAGCGGUGCUGGUAAGUCCACGAUGUUGAAGAAGCUUUUCGAAGAAUUCCCAGACACUUUUGGGUUUUCGGUAUCUUCCACGACACGCAAACCUAGAGAAGGUGAAGUCAACGGGGUGGAUUACAAUUUCGCGACCGUCGAGGAGUUUCAGCAGAUGAUUAAAGACGACAAGUUCAUAGAGUGGGCCCAGUUUUCAGGCAACUACUACGGCACCACAGUCGCCUCGGUCAAGCAAGUAAGCGACUCCGGCAAGAGGUGCAUUUUGGACAUCGACAUGCAAGGUGUCAAGGCCGUGAAGAAAACGGACUUGAACGCGCGCUUCCUGUUUGUAGCUCCACCCUCGGUCGAAAGUCUCAGAGAAAGACUGACCGGCCGCGGCACAGAGACCCCAGAAUCGCUGCAGAAGAGACUAGACGCUGCCACUGCGGAGAUGGAGUAUGCGGAAACUGGCGCUCACGACAAAGUUAUAGUGAACGACGUGCUUGAGGACGCAUACGCUCAGUUCAAGGAAUUCAUUCUCGCAGAGUAA